AAAACCCACCCACAGCAGAGAUUGACUAAACUUUUUAGCUACAGAAUGACUGUUAAACUGAUCAACCAGUCAGGCUUAACAGAUACACAGAACUUCGGCUUUUUGUGGUUCUGUGGAAAAGAAGCUUUGCCAGUCUCUGCUGGGGUGGGCUACAACUCAAGACUGCUGGACAGAAGCAGACAACAAAAUCCAGAAAUGUUUGAAGAGAUGUAUUCAACAGAUUCUAUCCAACAAGCCAAACUUAUCCCAAAGGGCGGAGAAAAGAUUCCAGACAUGUUUGAGGAGACGUGUUCAACCGGUUCUAUUGAGGUACACCCAAACUUAUCCCAAAGUGAAGAGGAUCAGAAGAAAGAGGAUGAUCCCUGUGUCCUGGAGGAUUCGAUCAAAGUUCCCCUUACUUUGGCAUCACCCCAAACAUAUUAUUACUUUAUUAAUCAAACAAAGAAUCAGGAUCAAAAUUAUUUUGAGAAUACUUAUAAGCCUUCAGCAGUAAUUGUAUUUGACAAAAUUUUAUUACCACCGUUUUCUGAGUCUAAAAUACUUUUACUGGUAAAAACAACAUUUGAAAAUCAAACAGAUUUUACCGAAACUGAACUUUUAAAUCAGGUAAUGAAAAAUGGAGGGCAUUAUGAUUGUAUUAAUCAACCAACUGAAGAGACACUUAAGAAAUAUAACUUUAGACAUCACUUUGCGGAAUUCAGAGGGAGGACUAAAGAAUUUGCAUUUGCUGUUGUUUUAAUGAAAGAUGGUCAAACCAAGUUUUUUGCUGGGGUUGAGCCCCGUCAUCGAGGCACAACAUCUGCUGCUGGAAGUGCAUUACACGCAGAAGAAAUUCUAAUUCCUGAUCUAGAUAAGUUUCUGUUCAAUAAUAGAAAGAAAGUGCGCAGUAUUCUCAUUUAUACCCUCUACAGUCCAUGUUUGAAGAGAAGUCAAGAUUGCACCUGCUGUAUGUUUUUACUGGUAGAGAAAGCUUAUCAAUGGUAUCGUGAAUACGGCAUUAUUACUGAAGUGUUUUUUACGAAGUUUUGGGGACUCAAUAAUCCAAAUUUAUUUAAAAACAUUACGUAUUCUCAAAUCUCAAGUGAUGGCCGCCCAUUGUCUCAGUACUUGAAACCCCUACUCCGUUUGGACAGCAAGAAUUUCACCAAUUAUUUUAAGCAGAAUAGUAAGAAUAAACAAAAAAAAUUUAUCACAAAAAAUAUUCAAAAAACAUAUGAGGAGGUCAAAGAUGUGCCAAGAACCAUUAAAGACCAUUUGGAACAAGGCAAAAAAAUCAUAGAUAAAAUCAUAGAUACACUCAAUAUUCAUCCUAAGACAAUGGACUCAUUGAGAAAUGUAUGGGAAAAAUUGGUUCUCGACAGUUCAAUGCCACAAAUCAGAGACAAAAUCAAUCCAGAUUUUAACAUUGCAGUGGUUAAACUCUUCCUUAAAGUUCUGGAUUUGUAUACCCCCAAUAGGAGUCCCUUUAAGCUUCAUCAUAUUCCUAUAGAUAUGCUAGAGUGAGAGUUUGUUUGAUACAUUCUUUUUCAAUUCACAUAAGUUUGGGCACCAUAGUAAUUAGAACUUUGAUUACUGUUGUACCUCAAACAUGUUUUCUCUGGAUCUUUGUUCUCUGCUCUGUCCUCAGAUCAGGAUGGAUAUGUGGAUAUGUUAGAUGGAGAAUUUGUUUAAUACAUUUUUUUAAUUUAUAUAAUAAGUUUGGGGACCAAUUGUAAUUAGAUCCCUGAUUACUGUUGUAGCUCAAAUAUUGUUUUUGUUCUGGAUCUUUGUUGUCUGCUGUCCUCAGUUCUUGACA